GGUAAAUAAAUAUGGCGACGUAAUAGUGUCGACCGUCGGGGUGUGUUUAAAGUUUUCAGCUUCUGUUUAUUCACUAAAAACUAUAAACAGUCAAAUUUAUUAAUCAAAAGAUUAUUGUAGUGUCCUAUCAGUGUUCUAGAGUGCGAAGUAAUGUGUGUGUAAGUUAUGACCAAAUAGAUCAAUGACUUGGAUGGUGGUGUACGGUGGUUGACAUGUAGGGGAGUCGGGGCUUCGCUGCGUCGCGGUCGGUUCUCUCUUUCAUCUGCGCUUGUUAGAAAGUAAGACAAGAUGUGUUUAUAGUAAUGUUUAUUUGUACGUAGUUAGUAAAAUUGCGGGCUCUCGUUAAUUAUUCCACGAUUCUUGAGUUUAGUGCGAAAUUUUGUAAUACCAAGUUGAUAGUAAUUAAGUUUGCACGGGUUCUUAUUAGAUUGUGAUGCGCCGCGAUCGUCGGAGGCAGUGCGUCUGUUGUCUCUGUCGCGGCGGCCGGGCACACCUCCGUUGACCUAUUUUCUGAUUUUGAACCAAGAGGACAGUAGUGAAAAGUGUGUAGUGUAGUAAGGAUGGCAUGGUAUGUGCCGGCCAGGGGUUUGGGUUUGACAGAGGGGGACAACACUGCAAUAUGAUGGACUCGGACCUGCCACCUGGUAGUUGCAACUCAACUGGACAUCUGUCCACAAUCGGAUAUCAUACUCUGCCAGGACGCAUGCACCACUCCGCCAGCACACCGGCGGGGGUGGACGGCGCCGGCGGUGGCUCCCGUACGCCCCCCGCCACCCCCAAGAAGGGCGGCAAGAUGCUCGCCGUCAGGGUACAGAUGUUGGACGACUCCAUAUCCAUGUUCCAGAUUCAGUCGAAGGCACUAGGCAGAGUGCUGUUUGACCAGGUAUGUCGGCAGCUACACCUGCUGGAGGCAGACUACUUUGGCUUGGAGUACCUCGACGCCAACGGUACGAAGGUAUGGUACUGGCUGGACUCGGAAAAGCCGAUGUGUCGGCAAGUAGGCCUUUCGAUGCUGGAGCCGACUUUACGAUUCUGCGUGAAGUUCUACACGUCAGACCCUGCUAGGUUGGAGGAAGAGUUCACGCGGUACCUGUUCUGUCUCCAAGUGAAGAAAGACCUGGCGACAGGGUGCAUACAGUGCAAUGAGAACACUGCGGCGCUUAUGGCCAGUUAUAUUGUUCAAGCGGAAUGUGGCGAUUUCGUGCCAGAAGACUAUCCGGACCACACCUACCUCAGCGGGUAUAAGUUCUUCCCUGGGCAAGACUCGGAAUCCGAGAGGCGGAUCAUGGAAAACCAUAAAAAGCAUAUAGGCCAGAGUCCCGCCGAAGCCGACCUAAACUUGUUAGAAACGGCGCGGAGAUGCGAACUUUAUGGUAUAAAAAUGCACCCGGCGAAGGAUCACGAAGGAGUUCCCCUGAACCUCGCCGUGGCACACUUGGGUAUAAUAGUGUUCCAGAACUACACGAAGAUCAACACGUUCAGCUGGGCCAAGAUUAGGAAGAUAUCGUUCAAGAGGAAAAAGUUCCUUAUCAAACUGCAUCCUGAAGGAUACGUUAGUGGUUACUACCGCGACGUAGUGGAGUUCUUCUUUGACGGUCGCAACGAGUGCAAGAACUUUUGGAAGAAGUGUGUCGAGAACCAUGGAUUCUUCCGCUGCUCCAGUGUGCAGCGGCAACCCAGGCAGAAGACCAGGGUCAUCUCUAGAGGAUCCUCGUUUAGGUAUAGCGGUAAAACCCAGAAACAAAUCGUUGAGUACGUGCGGGAUAACUAUGUGAAGCGUCAAACAUUCCAAAGGUCGGGCUCGUUCCGCGCGUCGCGCUCCGUGGGCGGCUCGCGCGGCAACGUGGCGCCGCCGCCCGCGCCGCUCAACCAGAGCCUCUCCGCGCACCCGCUGCUGCCGCUGCCGCCCGGCUCCGACGCGAUUUCCCUGGAGUGGGACAAGCAACCUCACUACCUGGAGGCUUCUCUGAUGAUGAAGGGCUACAGUGCGGAGGAAGCGCGCGCGGCGGCGCAGCGGGCGCGCCGGCCCGUGGCCGGGACUCGCCCGCCGCUCGCAGCUACCGCGUAUGUCACCACGAGGGACAAGGCUCCCGAGCUAGUGACCCAUGCCGAGGUCAAUCAUCAUCCUACGGAGGAUUCGCCUCUGCCUCAUCGGACGACGACACCAUUGGUUUCUCCGGAGAGUACAUGGAGCCAGGCGAGUUUGGGGCGUGCGAGUGGGGUCGGCCGCGCGCCCACUCCGCCGCCGCGUGCGCGCCCAGACGAAACAUCGCCCGAGGAGGAUAACACGGUGUCUUCAGCUAGUCUGUGUAUGUCUCCAACAUCAGUUACUGACCAUAGUAUAACGGGUGUGCCGAUAUUCGCGUCGACGCCGCUCGUGGCCAAACAGUUGACGAACGGACACGAUGUAGUCGAUAACAAGAGGAUUAGUGAAAAUAAUAACGAUACUGUCAAUGGGAAUGUUAAUGUGACUAUAGUUUCGGAGUCCGUGAACAGUAUGGACGUGCUCAGCGGCGGAGAGAGUGACGCCGGGGAUACUCUUUCGAGGCGGAAUAAUAAUAGUAUAUCGUCCGGCAUGUUGGGCACGCUGCGCGAGGUGGGCGACGCGCCCAGGAAGCGCAACAACGACAUCACGUACUUCGUGGCCAAGGAGCUACUCAUGACCGAGAGGACUUACAAGAGGGACCUCGAACUUGUUACUGUUAAAUGGAGUAGCAGUGUGUCGGAGCUGGCGGCGGGCGGCGCGGAGGCGGGCGCGGCCCUGGCGCGCGCCUGUCUCGCACUCGAGCCGCUCGCGCUCAGCAACGGGAAGCUACUCGCAAGGCUCGACCGACUGUUGGCUAGUGCGCCGCGACCUGACGCUAAUGAUACCGAGGAGCCUGAGUAUAAGAAAAUCGGCGAUGUCUUAUACGAACAUUUAUUAAGUACAAUGGACGCGUACCUAUGGUACAGUUCCCGCGCGGGUUCCCUGGUGGGUGUGGUGGAGAGUGUCCGGCGGCGAGGGAACGACGCGGGCCGCGCCGCCGCGCUGUUCGACUCCAAGGCGCCGCUGCCGCUGGCCGCGCUGCUGCUGCGACCGCUGCAUAGGGCGCUGCAUUACCAUCGACUUGCUGAUGAGCUAUACAACAGCUGCCCGGGCCCGGGCGCGGCGGGCGCGCUGGAGCUGAGCGCGCGCGUGGCGGGCGCGGCCAGGCUACAGCUGCAGCACGGGGAGAACCACGCCGCGCUCUGUCAGCUGCAGCGGGACAUCGCCGGUUACGACAAGUUAUUGGUGGCGGAGCGUGAAUUUAUACGAAUGGGUUGCGUGUACAAGCAUUCUUCUAGAGGAUUACAACAAAGGAUGCUGUUCUUGUUCAGCGACGUAUUAGUGGUGACAUCAAAGGCAGGCAGUACACAGUUCCGCGCGCACUCCGCUCUGCCACUGCAUGCCCUCGAACUCAAAUCUUCUGAACUACCACAUUCGUUUUCGCUAACCGGUGAAGACAUAAACCUACUUCUGAGUGCGACGAACGACAGUGAAUACACAGGCUGGUACAACGCUCUGUUGAACGCGAUAGAGAACGCGCGCGACAAGUUCACUGACGUCGACACUGAACUCACGCCGUAUGAACAAGAGACUGAGUCCCCCAGCUCGGCGAGUACGGCGGGCGGCGGGCUGGCCCACGUGUGUUGGCACCGGUUCACGUCGCUCGAUACUGUACAUCUACAUCUCGCCAUGCGGACGCAACUAUCCGGCUACUUACUGCGCAAGUUCAAGAAGUCCCCGGGCUGGCAGAAGCUGUGGGUGGUGUUCGCUAUAUCCACGCUGUUCUUCUACAAGUCCUGGCAGGAUGAGACACCGCUCGCGUCGCUACCCUUGUUGGGAUACAGCGUGGGCGCGCCGGCAUCAGAAGACAACAUCGACAAGGACUUCGUGUUCAAACUGCAGUUCAAGAACCACGUGUACUUCUUCCGGGCAGACAGCCAGUACACAUUUAACAGAUGGACGGAGGUUCUACAAACAGCGACGAUGCGACCCGAACAUAAUUAACAAUAAAUAUAAUAAAUUAGAUAAAUUAAUAAUACUAAAGUGUAAUGAAAUCACGAAUCGAUACAUUGGUGCCAUAUGUAUGGCCACAAAUAUUUUUAUAUGAACUUUUAGAAGUGAAUCUUGCCUGUAUUUAUUGUGUGAGUCGCUUUAGUAUUAGACCAAGACUGACGGAUCAAAGACGUUAAUGCAUUGUAGUCAUAAUAUUAGGUGGCUAAUGUUAUAUUCAUGUGAAAGACCGUACAUAGUAAGGUCUAAAUAAAUAAGCGAAUAGACUAAUUCGGUUUGCUAGAUAUUAGAACGUUUUAGUAAUUCUCAUACUUUGUGACUAAUCUCAUACUUUUGAGAUGCGCAACAGUUUGCGCUAAUUUUUGCGCACUUUGCGCAAGUUCUUUCACAAUCGUGCCUUUUAAUCACAAAUGUUAAUAUAUCCUCUCGGAUCAUAUUUAAAUGUAAUAUUUAUUUAAUAUUUUGUGAUAUUCAUACAUUGAUUUUUGCAAGACCCGUCACACAUUAGCUUGUAAGUUGAAACUUGAUUGUAAAGGAAAGUCUUGAUAUUUUAGAUAGAGAAGGAUUGUGAAAUAAUUAUGGCUUAAAAGGAAAUGAUUGUAAAAUAAAUAGGAAAUGAUGGUUUAAAUAGUACACUAUAAUAUUAAGAAAAUAAACUAAUUAUAAAAAAUGAACCUUUCAAAGUAUAUAGGCCUAUUCUAUCAUCGUUAAAACGACUUUAAUAUAAUAUAUUAUGCAAUAAAUAAUUAUUUAAUACAUCGAGCGUAGAGGGUCCAAAACUAGAGCUUUGUAAGUAAAGAAAAGUACUUUUUUUAUAUUACUAUGUAAAAUCAUUUCCAAAAUGUUUGUCGGCUGUGUAGUUAUAGGAGAAUAUAAGAUAUUAAUGAGUUCACUUUUAAGGUCAGUGCUUGACUAUAAGCAAUAAAACAUCACAGGUAUAAUAGUAGUUUGUUAGUGUGUAUGUGAGUGUUGCAUGUAUGUGCCGUCGCCAGUACAUGAUGCUGCUAUUUUUAACUUUAUCCGUCAAAUAAUAAGGUUGAAAAUUCUAUUGACUAUAAGCUAAAGCCGGGGAUAUACUAAGGGGUAAUUGUCUCAGGAUAUUUAUGCCCGUAAGUGUGUCCCCGGUUUUAUGUGCUGGUGUCUGCACUUGUGAAUUGUAUAAUAAGAGCGAUUGAUGUCAUUGUCAAACGUAGUAAACGGUACAAAUGAUACAAUGAAUGAACGAACUGUACGAUUUAAACGAAUGAGAAGCGAAUGAAACGAAUGAUACAAAUCUGUAUUGAAAUCUCAUUGUUCUCCCGUUUUUUGAAACAUUUUUGUUAAUAUUUUUUGGAAUUCCAAAGUGUUGUAUGUAAAUUACAUUAGGAUGUUAAUCGAUUCAUAUUUCGAGUGCUAUUUACGUGUGAAUAUUCCCAAAGCUUUUUAUUUAUAGAUGUAUUUAUUAAGCAAACAGUUUAUGAAAUUAUAUAAUAUAUUUUUGAAUAAAUUCACUUUUGAAUCAUGUUUCCUACAUAAUAAAAUUAUUUAGAGCAGACGCGUAUUCAAAAUUUUAUAUAUUAGUGGAAUAAAUAAAUAAAUCAUCAAAGUUCA